UAGAACGUUGUUUUGAAAUGUUUUUAUGAUCAUCAGAGAUAAGAUAAGAUCUUAAGAUAACAAUUGGGUUGAGUCGUCGAUUGGUCGACGCACCCUAGGACCUACUUACAACUAGCCAUAUAAUCAGUUCAGAUGGAUGUUCAGUCCAGGGAACUCACGGUAACUUACAAAAUUGUUCCGCCGCCAUCUACGGUGAUUCCUCCGUCCCUCUCGCAGGAGACGACGCAUAGGUUUUCUAUCACAUCUCUGCCUGACUUGGAGUCGAAGGAGGACGCUGACUCGGAGCUGAAGAGAUAUUAUGCAUCUCUGCGAGCAUCGAUUGCAGAAGCUCGCACAAAACUCGGAGAAGAGUUGACUGCUUGGAGGGAUGCAGUAGGAAAUGCAGAACUUGGAAAAGAAAAGUCUGUGAAAGCUGAAGCCGACGAUGAAGCAGAGGAAGAAGAGAACACAGAGGAAUGACAUUAGACAGGGAUCGUACAUGUGGUCCUCAGUGAACGAAGUCCUGAAUCUAGCGUACAAUUGCGCAUAGUGCAGCACGCCCAGUGGAAUGAGUUUUAAACAUAGUCGUCACAGAAACAAUUACGCCUUCCCCUUCCGCCUCAAUAAUUCCUCUUCCUCGGCUUUGAGUUCUGCAUCUACCUUGGCCCCUUUCGACGGUUCAUUCCCAUGAGAAGUGGCUGGUCCAAGAGGAUUGACGUUAGGAUCCUCGAAGGGAUUCGUUGAUUCUUCGCUACGUGAGUGCUUGAUGGCAGCAGCGAGUCUAUUGCCUAUGCUCCGUCCGUCUCUGUUUGUCAGUUGUAAAUUUCGGAGCGGUGCCUGAAG